CAAAGGUCCACCCGAAUCUUGGACUUUGUAUUUAUCUUAUCUCUUCUCUCUCUCUCUCUCUCCCUCUCACGCAUAAAGACACAAACUUUUUUCUGUUUUUCGAUUUGCUUGCUUAAAAGUUUUCCUUUGUGUAAUCCGUACUGUGUUUCCAAGUUACAACCAGACCAAGUUUUAGAGCUGUAGAAAUCAAGAUUGAAAGGAAAAAGAAAAAGAGACUAAUAAAAGUGAGGGGGGGAUGAGAAAAAAAGGACACAGUCAACUGGGGUCUGUUGUUUUUGCUGAGUUUAGUAGUAUUGGUAUAAAAUUUGUAAGGUAGCGGAAAAGUCCACUUUUGAGUGGGGUUUCUUUAUUUUAUUGUUUCUUUUCUUGUGGCUUUUCACUUUUUUGAGUUUUUUCUGGUUUGCUGCUAUUGCUCUAAAAACCUUUCAUUUUCUACCUUUUGCUUUUACACCUCCAACACCCCUUAACAGUUAGGAGGAAGGAAAGGUCUUUUCUUUUCUUCUUCAUCAUUACAGCUAAGUUAGGAAAAUUUCCAGACUAGGGUUUUCCUUAUUUUUGCCUUUUUCACAUUAUUAUUAGUCAUGGAGGAUGGGAGGAGGUUUUUUUAAGGGGUAGAUACUAUGGUGGUACUGUAGUUUAAGAAGUGUGAAAAGGGUGCAAUAAGGUAUCUCGGUUGUCUUGUACCAACCCCGUUUGGCUGUUCAUAAAUUUUGUGGGUUUUGGUUGGUGGGUUGAGUUCAUAUUUUUCGCAAAAACAGUAGAACGUGGUCCAAACAUGGUGUAAACAUCGCCAAAGCCAAGAAGAAACCACACCACUGAAUGGCUCUUACUUUGGUGUUGGUGGACUUUGUGAAUUUGUGAUCAAAUUAUUUUUACCCAAAAUAUGCUAUCUUUUGCAUAAUGUGUUUAGUUCCCACUUCCCAGUAGUGUGCUUGUGACUUGUGACCGAUGCUGUCAAAAGCUCAGAAGGAAAGAUGAAAUCAUGAAAGAGAAAUUUUUGGGAAUACCAUUUUGAAAACGAUAUUGAUGUACUGUGUAUUUCCGAUUUCUUUUUGGAGAUUUUCGGUCAAGAAACUCCGAGUCUUUCCAAAGCCAGGAAAAAGGAAAGAUUUUUUCUUUUUUAUCCUAUUCCAGUUUCCAUGAGUUUUGGGGGUUUUAUUGGCGGUGGUAGCAGUGGUGUUGGGGAUGCCAGAAUAAUGUCUGAUAAUCUAUUCAACAACUCCAGCUCCAUUCCCAACUCUACUAUUGCUCACUCUCAGCCAUCUAUGGUUUCUCGCCCUCCCAUUGUUCAGCCCAUCUUCAACUCUUCACCCUUCUCCUUCUCCGUUAAGCCCAAGAUGGAAGGUGUUGGUGAAAUGGGUUUAGGUGGGAAUUUCGUCCUUGUAGAUAGGCCUGGAGAUGAGGAGAAUGACAGCAGGUCCGGCAGUGACAAUCAUGAAAAUCCAUCCGGGGAUGAUCAGGAUGCCUCUGGAGACAGCAAAGCUAGAAAGAAGAAGAAGUAUCACAGGCACACUCCUCUUCAGAUUCAGGAGUUGGAAGCUGCUUUCAAGGAGAACCCCCAUCCUGAUGAGAAGGCAAGAUUGGAACUUGGGAGGAGGCUGAACCUAGAAAGCAAGCAGGUCAAGUUCUGGUUUCAAAACAGGAGAACCCAAAUGAAGGUAUUUGCAAAGUACUUUUCCUUCUUUGCUUCUCAUUUUCUUGAUUUGUAAGUUCGCUUUAUGGAAAGAUGGAACUGAAUUUGGAUCAUUAAUUAGACUCAAAUGGAACGCCACGAGAACACCAUGCUGAAGCAGGACAAUGAUAGGCUGCGAAUGGAAAACAUUACCAUGAAAGAAUCAUUGAGGAACCCGGUCUGCAGCCACUGUGGCGGCCCUGCAGUUCUGGGUGAGACCACCAUUGAAGAGCAUCGUCUAAGGCUUGAGAACGGUCGACUUAGGGAUGAAUUAACUCGACUUAAUUCCCUGACAAGCAAAUUUUUGGGUAGACCACUCUCAAGUGUUUCCAGUCCUAUUGGCCUUGGAAAUUCUGAUUUGGAGCUAGCUGUGGGAAGGAAUGGCUUUGGUGGUGUGAGUGCAGUUAGUCCUACAAUGCCACUUGGACUUGAUUUUGUCAGUGGGAUUCCCGGUGCUUUAUCUGGUGUACCUCCCACCAGAUCUUCGUUAGGCACCGGCUUUGAUGUAACAACUGACACAUCGAUGUAUGUGGAGUUGGCAAUGGCCGCUAUGGAAGAAUUCUUAAAGCUGGCUCAAGUCGACAAUCUUUGGUUUAGAGGCAUGGAGGGGGGUGGGGAAUCUUUAAACCUUGAGGAGUACACCAGAUCAUUUCCUCCUUGUAUUGGGAUGAAACCUGAAAGUUACGUAUCGGAAGCAACAAGGGCUAGUGGAACUGUGAUUAUCAACAGUACAACUCUUGUAGAGAUGAUGAUGGAUGCGAAUCGGUGGACCGAGAUGUUUUCAUGCAUGCUUGGCAAAGCCUCAGUUGUUGAAGUGAUUUCCUUUGGUCUCGGGGGUUCCAAAAAUGGUGCUUUGCAAGUGAUGCAAGCCGAGUUUCAAAUUCUUACUCCAUUAGUUGCUGUCCGUCCAGUGAAGUUUCUUCGGUUUUGUAAGCAGCAUACAGAGGGUUAUUGGGCUGUCGUUGAUGUUUCUGUUGAUUCCAUUAGAGAUGGUUCGACUGGGCAAAUAUACACUGAUUGCAGAAGGCUCCCAUCUGGUUGUAUCGUGCAAGAUUUGCCAAAUGGUUAUUCCAAGGUCAUUUGGAUUGAACACAUGGAGUAUGAUGAAACCACUGUUAAUCAAUCCUUCCGGCCUUUGCUCAGGUCAGGCCUGGGUUUAGGAGCACAAAAAUGGGUUGCCACCCUUGAACGGCAAUGUGAGUUUCUUGCAGUUAUCUUGUCUUCUACAGUCCAGGGUGGAGAUCAAGCAGUAAUCAGUCCAGCUGGUAGGAAGAGCCUUGCAAAGCUAGCACAACGCAUGACUCGAAACUUUGGCACUGGGAUUUGUGCAACAGUUCACAACUGGGAUAUUGUCCAAGUUGGAGAUGCGAAUGAUCCAAGAUUGAUGAUGAGGAAGAGCUAUGGGAACCCGGGGGAGCCACCUGGUAUGAUACUGAGUGCCACAACCACCGUUUGGCUGCCAGUGUCUCGAGAGCGCCUUUUUGAUUACCUGCGCAAUGAGCAGACAAGAGCCCAGUGGGAUGUCCUGUCUCUUGAAGGUCCCAUGCAACAGAUGCUCCACAUUGCUAAAGGCCAGGAUCUUGGCAACAGUAUCUCUCUUCUCCGGUCAAGUGCUAAUAGCUCAAACUCUAAUCAGGGUUCCAUUCUGAUUUUGCAAGAGACUUGCAAUGAUGUCUCUGGUUCACUCAUAGUAUAUGCUGCUGUUGACAUACCUGCUAUGAAUGUGGUCAUGGGUGGUGGAGAUUCGUCAUGCGUGGUGUUGCUUCCAUCUGGAUUUUCAAUAGUUUCAGAUUGUCAAAAUGAAUCAACGACCAAUCAGGACAGCUCCCCAGGAAUUUCAGCAACAGAAACUCCUGGUUCUACUGGCGGCGGCAGUGGGUCUUUGCUGACCGUGAGCUUUCAAAUCCUGGUCAAUAGUUCGUCAACCAGGCUGACUAUGGACUCGGUGCAUACAGUUAAUGCAUUGAUCACCCGCACUCUACAAAGCAUCAAAGCUGCCUUCAGUGGCAACUGACACCGGCCUGGAAUUAUGCCCGGUUUGGUGCUAGUAUAGAUUUUGGUUAGCCUUGUUUUAAAGUGAGUGUGUGUUUGCAUCUUACUAUAGUAAUUUUGGCUCAAAAAAGGGGGGUUUCGAGUCAAGAGCGAACCGGUUGGCGAAUUCGGAUCCUAAGUUGGGUGUCAAGAAUUGCUUUGAAGAAAAUGUAAUGAUUCAAAGCAAAGCUUGACACUCAGUGCAGGAUCGUGGUUCGGGUAUUGACUCGGAUAGCCCCUUUGAUUUCAUUUAGCGCUCUCUCUCUCUCUAUAUAUAUACAUAUAUUGUGGCAAAUGUGUAUCAAUUGGGCUUGUUAUUAUACACAUGAUGUAGCUGCUGCAUACUGUUUUUGGUAAAACUUGAAUGCAGAUUGCUCAACAUUUGGUUUUGGACGGUAAUAAUUCUUCAUUAUACGAUAUGGUCUUUGAACUAUUUUUGGGCAUUAUCAUAAUGAGCAAUGACGACUACCUUUGGUGUGUG